CCUAUAAGAAGAGCACCCACAGAGCAGUGGCAUGCUCUGUACCCAUUCUCUACUCAUCAAACACUUUGCGAUUCGCACUCUCUUCCUUUCCCAACACCAAUCUCCAUCCACCUUCAAAGGGAUUAGCGUCAAUCUCACGUCCAUGGCGGAUACCAACAAAGCUGCCGUCGAGGUUUUCGAAGGAGACGAUCUCGCCGUCUCUCUGGCCAAAUACGUUGCCGAUCUCUCCAAUAAAUUCACUUCGGAAAGGGGGGCUUUCACCGUUUGCUUGUCUGGUGGCUCUAUGCUCGAGUAUCUCCGGAAACUGCCGGAACCGCCUUAUCUUGAUUCUCUGGAAUGGUCCAAAUGGCAUGUGUUUUGGCUGGAUGAGAGGGUCGUGCCUAAGACUCAUGAAGAUAGUAACUAUAAGCUUGCUUUAGAUGGGCUUCUCUGUAAGGUACCAAUUCCUCCGGGCAAUGUGUAUGCAAUCAAUGAUGCCCUUUCACCCGAGGGAGCAGCCGAUGACUAUGAGAGACGUAUCAAAGAAUUGGUCGAUAAAAAUGUGAUUACUUUAUCACCGACCAGUGGAUUUCCAAAAUUUGAUCUCAUUCUGCUGGGCAUGGGCCCUGAUGGCCACGUAGCUUCUUUAUUCCCAGGGCAUCCUCUUGUGCAGGAGAAUAAAAGAUGGGUUACCUUCAUCAAGGACUCCCCCAAACCACCUCCGGAGAGAAUAACUCUCACCUUUCCAGUGAUUAAUGCAUGUGCUUACGCAGCGCUUGUGGUGACUGGCAAGACUGAAGCAGAUGCAAUUCACUCUGCGUUAGGAAAAUCUGAAAAUCCUGUUAAGCUUCCUGUUGCAUUGGUUUCCCCUGAAGGGGAGUUGAAAUGGUUCUUAGACAAAGACGCAGCCUCAAAGCUAUAGAUGCAGCAGCUAAGCCAGUUGAUCUUUAUGUUGUGCUAGUUAUUUUUAACUUUGCAAUGUUGAGUUUUUGUGUAAGAGAAGUGUUGAUUUCCUAUUCCCAGUGACAGUUAGCAUUGGACGGAUCGUUACUCAUUGGUGAGAAUAAAGGGAAUAUUAAGUUAUGUUGCUUCAAAA